AUGCGGCGAGCCACACUCUCGCUCGCGCUCGGGCUCUCCCUCUUCGCCCUCUUCGCGGCUCGGGGCGCCGACGCCUCAAUCCACGAGUACGCCGGCGGCGGCUUCGCGCCGCGGGCCAACUCCUUCUUCUUCCACGGCGGGAGCGAGGGGCUCUACGCGUCCGACCCCUCAUCGAACUCCUCCGCAUCCUUCAUCAGAUUUGACACCGUCAUUUUUCAUCGCACCCUGGAGUCAGCAUCUAGGCAUGAGGAGAUGCAGCAAAAGACAGGAUUGGUGGAGGCUAUAAUUGUUGAGAUACAGGACAGGGACAAAAUUGGAGGUUCAUACCUGCACUCUGAUGCAAUAUGCUGCACGCCUGAGCUUGAUAAGGAGAAAUCUUGUAGAGUAGGUGAGGUGAUCAUACGUCCAAAUCCUGAGAACCCUGACUGGCCUAAGAGGAUCCAGACAUUCUUUGAUGGUAAAAAUGAAGAAACCACUAUGGUAACUCAAAUUGUAUCGAUAAACAAAACAGGGAUGUAUUACCUCUAUUUUAUGUUCUGUGAUCCUCAACUUAAGGGAUUGAAGAUUACAGGAAGAACUGUUUGGAGAAAUCCACAGGGUUAUCUCCCUGGUAAAAUGGCUCCAAUGAUGACAUUUUAUGGUUUCAUGUCACUUGCAUAUCUUGCACUUGGACUUAUAUGGUUCAUUCAGUUUGUGCGAUGCUGGAAGGACAUUUUGCAGCUGCAUUACCAUAUAACAGCUGUUAUUGCUCUUGGCAUGUGUGAAAUGGCUUUCUGGUAUUUUGAGUAUGCUAACUUUAAUUCAACUGGAACCAGACCUAUGGGCAUUACCUUGUGGGCAGUUACAUUUACAGCUGUGAAGAAGACUGUUUCUCGGCUUCUUCUAUUAGUAGUUUCGAUGGGCUACGGUGUUGUUCUACCCACAUUGGGUGGCAUAACAUCAAGAGUUGCUGCUCUUGGUUUCAUCUAUUUUAUUGCUUCAGAAGCUCUUGAACUUGUUGAAAAUCUGGGAAAUAUCAAUGACUUCUCUGGAAAGACAAGGCUAUUCCUAGUGUUGCCUGUUGCCGUACUUGAUGCUACCUUUAUCAUCUGGAUAUUUUCAUCCCUCUCUAGAACUUUGGAGAAGCUCCAGCUGCGGAGAAGCAUGGCAAAACUUGAAUUAUAUCGGAAGUUUACAAACUCUCUGGCUGUGUCAGUGCUUAUCUCAAUCGCUUGGAUUGGCUAUGAGCUAUAUUUCAAUGCAACUGACCCGUUGAGUGAACUUUGGCAACGGGCUUGGAUCAUCCCCUCCUUUUGGAAUGUCCUUUCCUAUGCGCUCCUCGCCAUCAUAUGCAUCCUUUGGUCUCCAUCUCGCAAUCCAACAGGGUUUGCAUAUUCAGAGGAUGCAGGUGAGGGAGCUGAUGAGGAAGGGCUCUCUCUAGUAGGCAGUGCAGUGAAAGGAACUGGAGAUAUGCUGUACUCCUGGCAGAAUGCUAUGUGA